GGCUCUCGGUGGGAGCCUAGGCGGCCGAGCGGUGGAUUAGCAGUCGAGCUGAGUGGAGACGAGAAGUCGGAGAAUCAGAGACAGAGACAGAGAGGUGAGGCUAGGCUGGCCGGCCGCCGAACACAAGACCCACCCGCUUAGGCGGGAGUGCAGCGAGCUGCCUUUUCACCUCCCGUGUGUUUACUUCGUGGAUAUUCAGACGGGAAGGCGUGCGACACAGUGGUUUUCCAGCCAUCCCAUUGGAGGAGCCAUGAAACUGUGAAGCAUGAAUGAAGUCCAGGUGCUGUGGAGGAAAGCUCGAUUAUUAAUGGCCGCAUCUAGAGGUCAAAUGGUCUUCUAAAGGAGUCAUGGGUAGCUGUUGUAGCUGUCCAGAUAAAGAUUUGAUCCCAGAUAACCAUCAAAGCAAGUUCAAGGUAAUUAAUGUGGAUGAUGAUGGUAACGAGCUGGGCUCUGGCAUAAUGGAGCUCACAGAGACAGAGUUAAUCUUACACACCCGGAAGCGAGACGCUGUGAAAUGGCCCUACCUCUGCCUCCGUCGCUACGGCUAUGACUCCAAUCUGUUCUCUUUUGAAAGCGGGCGCCGAUGUCAGACUGGGCAAGGGAUAUUUGCCUUUAAGUGCGCCCGAGCAGAGGAGAUCUUCAACAUGUUACAAGAGAUCAUGCAGAACAACAGCAUUAGCGUGGUCGAAGAGCCAGUGAUGGAGCGAAACCACAACCAAGUGGACACAGAACUGCCCAGGACUCCUCGUACCCCCACCACCCCAGGUUUUGCUGCUCCUAGUCUUCCCAACGGAUGCCCAAGGUACCCGUCUUUUGGAGAUGCAUCUUCUCGCCCAUCCAGCAGACAUCCUUCAGUGGGAAGUGCCCGCCUUCCAUCUGUCGGGGAGGAAUCCACACACCCGCUCUUGGUAGCGGAUGGGCAGGUUCACACUUAUGUCAACACUACAGAGGUACAGGAGGACAGGAAGAGCAGACCGAGCGGUCACCCACCCGUCGAGCCUCGUGUUUCCAACACCGAGAGCAUCGGUACUGGCCGGACUGGAGCAGCUGCUGAGCAGCACUUCAAUGAGGAGCCACAGGUUGUACUCGAGCCGGAAAGCGUCAAGUUUGUUUUGGGGCCAACUCCUGUUCAGAGACAAAUGAUGGAAAAAGAAAAACUGAAGAUGGUGUCAGGGUCAGAAGCCAGUGGCAGCAGUCCUCCUGUUCCCACUAGCCAAGUGAAUGGUGGCUCCAGCACCUCUGAUUGGGACACUGGCUAUGACAGUGAUGAGAGGAAGGAGGCCGUGGCUGUGCCUAGCAGUAAAGUUUACGAAAACGUUAAUGGCUUUUCCCUGUCCGGUGCACCUCCUGCACUUCGCAGAAGGUCAACAGCCAACAGUUUGGACGCUCAAAACAUGAACAACUCUGCGCAGCGAAGGACUGCUUUGCUAAAUUAUGAGAAUCUGCCUUCUCUUCCUCCAGUUUGGGAAGCUCGUAAACCGAGUAAAGGGGAGGAGGAUGAUGGAGAGGAGGAUUGUUUUGGUCCAAAGACACCAUCUCUUAACGGUUACCACAACAGCCUUGACCCCAUGCACAAUUACGUGAACACAGAAAAUGUGACUGUUCCUCAAAGUGCCAAUAAAGUGGAGACGACAAGGCGCAGGGACUGCACUCCGACAGUAUUUGACUUUGACUUCAGACGGCCCAGCCUCGAUCACAGGCAGCUCCACUACAUCGAGGUGGAGAUGGAAAAGGGCAGCGAUUCGGAUAACCCUCAAACGCCCAAAACGCCCACCACCCCUUUACCGCAGACUCCCACCAAGAGAACAGAAGCCUACGCGCUCAUCGACAUUGAGCGGACGGCUGCAAUGUCCAAUCUUCAGAAAGCACUGCCCCGCGAUGACGGGACUUCACGGAAAACUCGGCACAACAGCACUGACCUCCCGAUGUGAGCCUGGAAAGCACUGCCUUCUGUAAAGCUGCACCUUUCUCCGAAAUAAUCUCUCAGUCUGAAAACGCAAGGGCUUCCUCAUACACAUCCAAAAAGUGUCACAUCGUCUUUAGAGGUCAACAUGUCACAGAGGAAUUGCAGUGUGGGGGGAGAUGUUAGCACCGCUCUGGGUGGGUCAGUAACUUUUUAAAAAAAAGCCUUCGCUCUGAGGAGCAUACAGAGGGCAAUCGUGCUAUCCUGCCUUCCUGACUGAACCCCCCAGCGGUUUGAGGAACGGUACAGAAUUCCCUUUCCGUUAAUCUGAGUGCAAUGCUGCGCUGUGCCGCCGCCGCGCCCUCAGCCGUACUGCUGCUGCCUACUUCAUUCUCUCGGAUGCCAUCCAGUCGCUUGUUACCCGAAGGGCGGAUGGGCGCGACCCGUUUACAGCCCGUGACAGACAUUUGUCGUCGCUCCAGCCCUCGCUUUGUAUCAUAUUGUAAGAUGUAUUGUAUGUUCUAAUUUUCAUUAUACAAAUUAUAGAUUUUUUUUUACCUACUUUUAAAACUCUAAAUAUAGGAACUGUGUAUAAAAGUAGCUUUAUUAGAUUUGCUUCAUUAAACGGUAUUAGCCUCACGAGGAACUCAUUCCCCAUUCGCCUAGGUGUGUCUCGGCUGCCAAUGCUCGUACCCAAAGCAGCACUGUGCCGACAGCCAACUGACACGUUUUUAUAGCAGUGGCGGCAGCGCCAGAUCAGUGUACGAACGUAUAAAUUAACUAUUUUACAUUCUUUGUUUUCAGGUAUGGAUAUAGUUUACCAAAAUGUUUGUAUUUUCUAAGAGCUUAUUGCUGUAUUUUUGUAAUACCUACAUUUUUAUGUCAAAAAUGCCAUCAGUGCCAACAUCAUAAUGUGUUUUGUAGCAUGGCAAUAAAUUGAUUUUACUUUGUUACAAA